UAAGAAAAAAUGCCAUCAGAGUCUGUUGAAGCUGCUAGGAAACUGUUCCUUUCGUGUCCUUGGGGAGGCAUGUGAAUCUUUUGGAAAUCAGUUUGGCAAGACAAAUCUACACCCUUUGACCUACUGAUUCUGGCCUUCGGGAAAUAAGUAGGUUAAAACCUAAGUAGGGAAAAGGUUGGUGUGCAACACAGUGCCGUUUGGUGUUCCAUAAAUGUUAGCCAAUGGAAACGACCUCUGAAUCUACAACAGUGGAGAACAGUCUAAAGAAAGCCCCUUUUGCUGAAGGAACACAUUUGCUGGUAUAGUUUCAUAAUGCCAAGUACUUUGCCCUUCUGGAUCUUAAAAAAUUCUGUGAGGAGCGGCAUUGCAACAUUACAGGGGGGCAAACGUUUAUAUUCAAGGUGGGCCUCAAAUGGAAAUGAAGCAAGGUGGAGACUCUUUUCCUACCUACCAGGCACCAGAAAAAGCAGUGUCCCGUGCAGUGGCUUUGCUCUGCAGAAAGCCUCCAGACACACAUCAACAGAGGAAGAUGACUUUCAGUUGCAGCUCAGCCCUCAGCAGGUAAAUGAAGUUCUGCGAGCCGGCGAGUCAGCCCACAAGAUUCUUGACCUCGUCAGUGGAGUCCCAAAUUCGGUGUUACGGUUUGAGAGCAACCAGCUGGCUGCCAAUUCCCCGGUGGAAGACCGUCGAGGUAUCGCUACCUGCCUGCAGACCAAUGGUCUGAUGUUUGGCAUCUUUGAUGGACACGGUGGCCAUGCGUGUGCUCAAGCAGUGAGUGAGAGGCUCUUCUACUAUGUGGCCGUGUCACUGAUGUCCCAGCAGACCCUGGAGCGGAUGGAGGGAGCUGUGGAAAGCAUGAAGCCCCUGCUGCCCAUCCUGCAUUGGCUCAAGCGCCCAGGGGACAGUAUCUACAAGGAUGUCACGUCCGUGCACCUCGAUCACCUCCGUGUCUACUGGCAGGAGCUGCUUGACCUGCACAUGGAAAUGGGACUCAACAUUAAGGAAGCAUUAACUCAUUCCUUCCAGAGACUGGAUUCUGACAUCUCGCUGGAAGUCCAGGCCCCCUUGGAAGAUGAGAUGACAAGGAACCUUUCACUCCAGGUCGCCUUCUCUGGAGCAACAGCUUGCAUGGCCCACGUGGAUGGAGUUCACUUGCAUGUGGCAAACGCUGGUGACUGUCGGGCCAUCCUUGGGGUCCAGGAGGACAAUGGCAUGUGGUCUUGUCUACCCCUCACCUGCGACCAUAAUGCCUGGAACCCGGCCGAGCUGUCACGGCUGAAGAGGGAGCACCCUGAGUCAGAGGACAGGACAGUCAUCAUGGACCACAGGCUGCUGGGCGUCCUCAUGCCCUGCAGGGCCUUUGGGGAUGUCCAGCUGAAGUGGAGUAAAGAGCUGCAGCACAGUGUCCUGGAGAGGGGCUUUGACACCGAGGCCCUUAAUAUUUACCAGUUUACCCCCCCACAUUACUAUACUCCCCCCUACCUGACUGCCAAGCCUGAGGUCACCUACCACCGGCUGAGACCCCAGGAUAAGUUCCUCGUGCUGGCCUCAGAUGGUCUGUGGGACGUGUUGGACAACGAGGAAGUGGUGAGGCUGGUGGUGGAGCACCUGGCCGAAGCAGGUCGGCACAAGCCAGACCUGGCCCAGAGACCUGCCAACCUGGGACUCAUGCAGAGCCUGCUGCUGCAGAGGAAAGCCCAGGGGCUCCACGCAGCCGACCAAAACGCGGCCACACGUCUGAUCAGACACGCCAUAGGGACCAAUGAGUACGGGGAGAUGGAGCCUGAGCGGCUGACAGCGAUGCUGACGUUGCCAGAGGACUUGGCAAGGAUGUACAGGGAUGACAUCACUGUCACGGUGGUGUAUUUUAACUCAGACUCAAUAGAUGCCUAUUACAGGGGGGGUUGAGAGGCUCCCGUCUGGCCAACGUUAACUUAAAUGCUUUGCUAAGACAUUUUUCAUUUAUCCUUAAGCUGGCUCUUCAGACCUUACUCUUAAAAAGGCAGGCAGAUGUAGCUUGCUUAAAAAUAGACUAACGUGAGCGAAAAAAACUAGCCUUGGUUUAAAAACAGUAGCAGUGAUUUCAUGUCCCCGAGUGUUUUGGUCACCUUUUCUAUGCAGAGAGGGCAGGGCAUGGAGAGCAUAUGGGCUUGGGCCCAUAGCCAAAGCCCUUUUAUAAAGACACUCUUGUUAAACUGUCAGCCUGAGCCUUCCGAGGGUAAGUUUAAUCAUCGUUCUGAGAAUGUGAAGAACUUCAGGAUUUUAUGAGGUUAUGCCGCAAAAUCAGCACACUUGGCAGUUUUCCUCAGUUCACAGUCGUGGACAGCUAGACUAUGAAGGAAGGUUUUGUUUAGUUUUUAUUUUUAAAUUACUAAGACCUAGGUUUACAAAGCAUAUUUUAGAAUACUUUUCUAUGCAACAUUCGAACUUUUUUGUGUGACUCUACUUGUGAAAACAUUAUGUGAUGCUACACCCUCAUUGUGUUUUAGGUUGGCCUAAAACCGAGUCCUCAGAGUUGCAAACGGGCCUGUUUGUAAGCAUGCUUGGAAUGAUUCGUCUUGGUUUUCAGCCAAGAGGAGUGAGGGUGGGUAGGCCUCUACCAGCUGAAUUCACUUGUGCAUCUGGCGAGCCCUUCUGCUGUGUCUCACCCCUUGAACCUUGAGCCAUACUAGGAGGUAACUUCUGUCUAAGCCUUAAUUCCUGGCCUUCCCUGCAUUAAUAAAAUACCCUCCGGGCUUAGCCUCUGGGCAGGUUAAUUGAGAGCACUUAGCCUUUCUGAUUAUACCUCUCAAACAUUCUUCUGUGAAUUCCACCUAAUCCUCCUACCUCUGCUCUGCUGACUGCCUCGCUCUGCAGCUGCUGACUGCGCAGUGCUGUCCCGGAGGAAGGCUCCCUCUCCAGAGGGUUGCAGGGAAGGAGAAGAUGUGAUUAUGUACCAUGAUAGUUGGGACAAGUCAGUGG